GUCCCAAUCUCAAUUUCAUUUGGUGAGAGAGAAAAAGGUUAAAACCUAAGGGCCAACCUGAACAGAAUAGAGCCUGCAUGAAUUUAGGAGUUCACUAGUUUCUGUUUCUUCUGAGAAAGCAUCAAGAAAGCCUCGUAAUGCUUAGGCUGUUUUCAUAAUUUGGCAUAUUUGAGGAAAAAAAAAGGUCUUUUUUCGGUGAUUAAAAUCAGGACUCGUUUGACCGGUUUUUGUGGUUUCCACGCCGUCCUGUUUAUGCGGUGCAGACAAAUUCUACUACCGUCGGAAUGGAAAAGCCUGUCGCCAUUUAUGAUGACCACUUUGCGAAGAGGGCUUCUACUUUUGCCUAUAGGUAUCAGGGCACAGAAAAGAAGCUGUCGACUUUCUCAUACACCUAUCAUGACGAUUUUGGUGAGCCAUACGAGCCCUACUUGGAUUUGGAGGAACUAAUUGAGCGUGCUCUCCUGCAUGAUGAUGUGGAUGAAUUUACUCCUUUGAUAGAUGAGUAUAAAAGUGCAAAAGAUGUGCCUGAAUGGGUUUUGACUCAAAUGUUUACACUCGAUGCUGUCCAAUGUUUUACUGCUGCGCUGAAUGGGCAAACAAAAAGCAAAUUUUGUUUAUAUGGACAUGAAUGUUUUUCUGGCUGUAGCAAGCCCCCCCUUUUGCAUCUGGCAGCAUCAUAUGCAUCUGUUGAAAUAACGAAAAAGUUGCUCGCCUGUGGGGCUGGAGCUGGAGUAGAUGACAAGUGUGAGACUGACUUUGAUGACAUGAAGGGUUUGCUGCCACUUGAUCUUGCCCUUGGAGCUGCAGGGUCAGGCAUAUGGAUCGAUGGUUGGACCUGGAGGGAUUCAAUCUUCAGGCUCAUUUAUAGUCUUUGUAGGGCGAGAAAGAGAUUUGCUUUAGAAAUUGUUAGACUGCUUGCACAAAGGACAAAGUCUGUUAAGGAAGAAUUGGUUCAUUCUGUUAAGAAUCGCAAACUCGUUGCAGUGGCUGCUCUUCUGAUGGUAGCCCAUAAAAGAGUAAUGCCUUUAAAACUUUCCAAGGAAGCACAUGGCCUUCCUUUAGAUGAAGUGAUUCAUAUUGAGGAUCUUGUGGCAAACGAGAUAACAGUUUUAGAUAUGCUUCAAAGGAGAUCCUUGUAUGCAAAGUUGGAUAAUGAGCUGCUUCAGAAAUGGAAGGAUAAAAGGCUCACAAUGAAGAUGAUAUUGCUGUUAUUUGGCAUAUUUGAGCGGAUUGGUGAUUCUUUGGGAGCAUGUCUCCAAUUAGAUCCACGUCAGACUGAUGAUAAAUUGGCUGCACAGAUUGCCUGGAUCUUCAAGAAAGCAGGAUUGCCUGUGAAGGAUAGAGACAUUUAUGGCGUUCGCAGCAAGGGUAUUGGUGACAGUCCAGAUUGGAUAAAUGAGCUAUUUGAUCCAACAAGGGUUGAGCCAAGCAGUUUCGAUGUUUUUGCACUCAUGGGCAAAAGGGAUUUGGAUGAACACAGGAUAGAAGUUCCUAAAGUACAGAUUUGCACUGAUCUUAAUGCAAGCAAUGCAAGCUUAGGCAGCAUGACUUUGACACUAUUCUUUCUUAAGCUCAAAAUCAAACAUUGUGUAAUUUUCAAUUUGUCCUUAACAGGUAGGACAUGCACAAAAAUGCUGUCUUAUGAUAUAAUUAAAGAAAAAUUUGCCCAUGCUGAUUUGCCUGUGUGGAUAACUGCACUUGUAAUCUGUCAGGGAAUGGGAUCUGGUUUUGUCACGCUGGUGCAGUAA